AUGUCAGGCCGUGGGCAAGCCAAGCAAGGCCUACAGCUUAUUGGAUGUCCUCGUCCGGCUCACAGCAGUUCUAAGUAUGCUUGCGGUUUUGCAUCAAAAAAAAAAAAGUUCCAACAAAAGAAAAACUCUAAAUAUUUUUUAGUGUGGGAAUUCUGGAGAUGCACCGGCGGCGGCCGCUCCCGGUGGCUAUUGGCAGCGGCCGCUACCGUGGCUACCGGCAGCUAUGUAGCUCUGGCUACUGGCACCAUGUUUUACACACUUGGUUGA